AAAAAUAAAAUAAUUCUUGUUUGUUGUACCGGUGAAAAUUACAAAGAAAAAUGUCUUUAAUUCCAUUUUUAUUGUCAAAUUCAUACGAUUUGGUUGAUCCUUGGGAAUUGAGGAGACAUUAUUCAGGCAGACAUCGCCAAAUUUCACCAUGGGAUCAUUUUGGUUUAGGAAUAACACCAGCAGAAAUUCAAUUAUUAUCAGCUAUUCCAUCCUUAUUGACAAAUGAAACUGAUGGGUUAACUAAAAAAUUGGAGUCAAAUUUACCACAACCCGUUGUCGGUAAAGACGGAUUUCAAGUUCAUAUGGACGUUCAACAAUUUAAGCCAAAUGAAAUAACUGUAAAAACUGUUGAUGAUUAUAUUGUAAUUGAAGGCAAACAUGAAGAUAGGCAAGAUGAACAUGGUUACAUAUCGCGCCAUUUUGUUCGAAAAUACAAGCUGCCAAAGGGUUACAACAGCCAACAAGUUGUUUCAUCUUUGUCUUCAGAUGGUGUUUUAACUAUUAAGGCUCCGUUACCAAAAUCGAUUGAAAACAGCAAUGAACGAGUUGUCCAAAUUCAACAGACUGGACCUGCUCAUUUAAGCGUAAAAGAAAAUAAACCAGAAGAAAAAUAAAUUUUUUUUCUUUUUAAAUUGAAUCCUAUAUUCCAAGUGUUUUAAGUAAAUUACUUGCGACUGAAUUUAAAUGUUUUUUUAUAUUUUAAUCUUUAUGUUUUUUUUGAAGUACCUACACACAUAUUUAAUAAAGUUUUGAUUAACUUAAAAAUAAAA